AUGAGCUUACAACAAUCCGUAACACGAUGGGCCUCUGUCCUCCUCCUGCUAUGCCUAGGCCUGGCAAAAGCUCACACCGUCAUCACAUACCCAGGCUACAGAGGAAACAAUCUCCACACCAACGGAACAGUCCAGCAGGCUAAUGGUCUGGGUGUUGCCUACGAUGUGAAGAACGGCUCAUACAUCUUCCCCUAUGGCAUGGAGUGGAUCUACCCAUGCGGUGGUAUGCCCCGAUCAUACAACCGAACUAAGUGGCCUGUCAGCGGUGGUGCUGUCGCCUUCCAGCCGGGCUGGUUCCCGGGCCACCAGAAUGCCUUGAUCUAUGUCAACCUUGGAUUCGGCGAGGUCCCCCUGAAUAUGAGCCACCCCGUUGUAUCGCCUUUCCAGAUCACCGGCCCGACCAACAACCCAUACCCGGGCACCGUGUGUCUGCCACAGGUUCCUUUACCCGCCAAUAUCAGUGUUAGCCCUGGUGAUUAUGCCACUAUCCAGUUGGUUGAGACGGCCAAGCAUGGUGCUGCGCUGUACAACUGCGUGGAUAUCGAGUUCGCCGAAGACGGCGAUGCCUCUGUUGAGGAAGUGACUCGCAACAAUUGCUUCAACUCAUCAGACAUCACCUUCGAGUACAUGUAUACCACCAGUUCCAUUGGUUCUGGCGCAGGAAUGCUUCAGCCCCCGAAGAUAUCCACCGGAGUCCUCGUACCGCUGUUGACUGCUGUCGCCUUUGGCAUGUAUCUGUAG